CAUAACUGCGGUCUGGUGUGUUGUGCGUGCGGGCAGGACGCGCGUGUACGUGGACGACGUCCUGGAGAAGGGCGGGGAGACGUCAGCGAGCGGCGCGGGACGAGCCACGCCAGUGGCUGGCAACAUGUACCUGGGCGGGACCCCGGAGAACAGGGGCGUGGCCAACCUGACGGGCUGCAUCAGCAACCUGUUCAUCAAGAGCGAUAAGCCUCAGGUGAUGAACCUGAUCAAAGCCAAGGAGAACAUCAACGUUCCUCUGAGGUGUCCUGCUGCUCAGAAACCCCAACAGAUCCUUGCCACCCCCCCACGGCAGAAGGGCCCCAAGGGUAAACACAGGAAGCCUCAGGCGGGGAGCAGCAGGAGCCGCAGUACCAGACAGUCCUGCCAGGGGGAGCUGUCUGCCCAGGAGCCCGGCGCUGUUCACUUCAGCGGCUCCUCCCACAGCUACCAGCGCUACGACACGCUCCCCGCGGCCUUCAGCAAGAUGCCCCACAUCUCCAUGGCGAUCCGUGUCAACUCGUCUGAAGGCCUGGUGUUCCACGUGUCCGGCCAGAAGGGCGGCGCCGGGAUGUCACUGGCGCUCUCUGGGGGUCACCUGGUCCUGCUGGUCGACGGGGGCAAGAAGAAGGCCAACAUCCGCAGCCGCAAGGCCUGCAACGACGGACUCUGGCACACGGUGUUUGUGAAGUGGGAGGGCGAGAAAGCCAGUCUGAUCCUGGACGGCAUCAACGCCCAGUUUAAGAGGGUGUCCGGGGGGCAGAAGAGUCGCCUCAGAGCGCCUCUCCACGUUGGCGGCGCGCCCUCCAGCCUCGGCGCGGCGCUCCAGGACCAGUCCAGCGGCUUCGUGGGCUGCGUCAGAGACCUGACCCUGAACGAGCAGGCCGCUGGGAGCCCCCAGCACAGCCAGGGGGUGGGACCCUGCUUCCUGAGCAGCCUGGAGCCCGGGGCCUACUACCCUGGACAGGGAGGACACCUGGCUAUAGACGAGUCUCUGGUUCUGUCUCGGGACCUGGAGGUUCAGCUGGAGGUGCGUCCGGCGUCCGUGUCCGGGCUGCUGCUGCACGCCGGGGGGAGGACAGAGCAGCACCUCAGCCUCUUCCUCCACCAGGGGGAGGUGACCGCCAGCCUCAACGCCGGGAACGGACUCUUCUCCACCUCCUUCACCCCCGAGGAGACCCUGUGUGACGGACGAUGGCACACCAUCACAGUUGUGAAGAAGAAGAACGUGUUGCAGCUCCACGUGGACGCGGCCAGCGAGCACAGCGUGGGGCCCAAGCAGGGGCGCUCCUCAGUGGGCACGGAGACGGUCUACCUGGGGGGGGUACCAGAUGGCGUAGUGGUGCCUAGCCUCCCAGCGUCUCUGCCCUCCUACCACGGCUGUGUCCGCAGGGCGGUUCUCAACCACCGACCAGCCAUGCUCUCCAAGCCUCUGUCUGUCCACGGAGCUGUAGCAACACAGGGCUGCCCCGCCAUCUAAAUCCAACACACCCAAAACCCCUACAUGCCCCAACUACCCCCCUAUACCCUGAUCCUAUCCUAUACCCUGACCCCUAUCCUGUAUCCUGACACUAUCCUAUACUAUACCAUGACCCAUCCUAUACCCUGACCCAUCCUAUACCCAAACUACACCUCUAAAUGCCUACAUCCCAAUCCUUGAUCCCAUCUCUACUCCUGUUUACCCCAGUCAUGUCUCUCCAUUAAUAACACACAACCUCAGAACCCCUCGAGCCUCUUUCUGCAGAUCAUCAACUCUCCUUUACGACUAACGCCAUCUCUGCAACCUCUCUCUACUGUCUCACCUGUAGAGUACACACGUGAAAACCCCAACUACAACUACCCCAACUAUGAAUUGUUGCCCCCUGCCCUAAUACCUCACCCUGUACCCCCCCCCCCUCCCCCCCCCCCCCGGUCCAGCUGAUCUUGUGUAGGAGCAGACAUGCAUGCUGAUGCAGCCUGGACCCCACAGCUCACUCCCCUGUCACAGACCCCGCCCUCUCUCACUGAUAGAAGUAUGAAAUACACUCCAGAACACAUAUGACAACAUUGCUGGUGGUGGGUGACAGCAUACUGUAGUUAGAUUUUAAAUUGUAUUUAUUUUCUAUUUUUACAAGAGGUAUAUUUUUAAUUUUGCUGUCGGAUUUCCGUUUAUGUUCUAGAGUAGCAGACCUAGAAUCAAGGAGUUUUGUCUUCUACCUUUACACAGGCUUUGCUGCAUAUAUUUGAUGCAGACACAGGUUCUGUGUAAGACCUAAGCAUACCAACAGAUACAGCACAAUCCGGUUUAGCAAGGUGACACUUAGUAUGACACUGAAAUCUAAAUUAGAUUCAGUGUGACAAGAGAAGACAUUCUGUGCUAGGUACCUAUGCAAUACAAGAACUCAAGGAAAAGUACAACACCCAUUGUGUUCCAACCCCUGUUCUGAACAGGGAAGGUGUGGUGAGGAUGCAAGUAGAUAUCCAGAUUUGGGGUCUACCUCCAGCACCUCAAAUGUCUUGGAAAUACCCUAAUUUUUAUAGAACCGCACAUUUUAUGUAUUUAGUUUCAUGGGAAUUGUAUAGUUAUAUAAAUUUGAAUGGGUUUUAAACUCAAAACACACUGUCCACCUUUAUAUCUCACACAGAAAUGAUAAGCUGAACCCACCCCCCCCCUCCCCC